CCUUGAAACAGACAUUUUUUGCCAAUGUUCGAAUUAACCCGAAGACUCUCAGUUCCAAGGCAAGGUGCAGUGCAGAACAAUAGAGAAUGUGGAGAAAAGCAAAAACUCUCUCCUUUCUCUCCCACAGACCAUUCUCUUCCUUCACACCUGAGACCCCAAACCCAACUCUCUAUUCCUUUCUCCAACCCUCCAUUUUUUCUCUCAACAAAACAACAACCCCAUCUCCCAAAACACCUUCACAAGACACAAAGCCACAACCUUUGACCCAAAACCACAUAGCCACUUUAGAAACCAAUCUCCACCAAGCCCUUGUCACAAGCAACACUGAUGAGGCCUGGAAGUCCUUCAAGACUCUCACUGCAAACUCUGUUUUCCCAAGUAAGUCUCUCACAAACUCUCUCAUCACCCACUUGUCCUCGCUCAGUGACAUUCACAGCCUCAAGAGGGCUUUUGCUUCUGUAAUUUACAUCAUUGAGAAAAACCCAGAUGAGUUAAAGUUUGAAACUUUGGUGAAAGUUUUGGAUUCUAUGAAAACUGCCAACACUGCUGCACCUGCUUUUGCUUUGAUUAGAUGUAUGUUUAAGAAUAGGUAUUUUGUGCCAUUUGGGUUGUGGGGCAAUGUGGUAGUUGAAAUCACUAGGAAAAAUAAAAACUUUGCUGCCUUUUUGCGGGUUUUCGAUGAAUGUUGUAGAAUUGCUAGGGAUGAGAAGCUGGAUUUUAUGAAACCCGACUUGCCGGCUUGUAAUGCGGCAUUGGAGGGGUGUUGUUGUGAGCUUGAAUCCUUGAGUGAUGCAGAGAAUGUGGUUGAAACUAUGUCGGUUUUGGGAAUUAGGCCCGAUGAAUCGAGUUUUGGCUAUCUUGCAUAUUUGUAUGCACUUAAGGGGCUUGAGGAAAAGAUAAUUGAGUUGGAAAGUUUGAUGGGUGGGUUUGGUUUUUCGAAUAAAAGGGUCUUUUUUAGCAAUUUGAUUAGUGGGUAUGUUAAGUUGGGCAAUUUAGAAUUUGUUUCGAAAACUAUUCUGCAUAGCUUGAAGGUAGAGGGAGAAGGUACAAUUUUUGGGGAAGAAACUUAUUGUGAAGUGGUUAAGGGAUUUCUAAACAAUGGAGGUAUCAAGGGUUUAGCAACUUUGAUCAUCGAAGCUCAAAAGUUAGAGGCUUCAGAUGUUGUGGUUGAUAGCUCUGUUGGGUAUGGUAUUGUUAAUGCCUGUGUUAAACUUGGAUUAUGCGAUAAGGCACACAGUAUUCUUGAGGAAAUGGAUGUUCAGGGAGGUUCUGUGGGGCUUGGGGUCUAUGUGCCAAUCUUGAAGGCUUACUGCAAAGAGCAUCGAACAGCUGAAGCUACUCAAUUGGUCAUGGAAAUUAGUAAUUUGGGUCUUCAGUUGGACGUAGAAAUCUAUGAUGCUCUGAUAGAAGCAUCCAUGUCAAGCCAAGAUUUUCCAUCAGCUUUUUCUUUGUUUAGGGACAUGAGGGAAGCUAGAAUACCUGAACUUAAGGGGAGUUACUUAACUAUAAUGACUGGCUUAAUGGAGAAUCAUCGGCCUGAGCUGAUGGCAGCCUUCUUAGAUGAGGUUGUUGAGGAUUCUCGAAUUGAAGUGGGAACCCAUGACUGGAAUUCAAUUAUUCAUGCAUUUUGUAAAUCUGGGCGGUUAGAAGAUGCGAGGAGGACUUUGAGAAGGAUGAUAUUCCUCCAGUUUGAACCAAAUGACCAGACAUAUUUGUCCCUAAUUAAUGGGUAUGUGACUGUGGAGAAAUAUUUCAGUGUUUUGAUGCUUUGGAAUGAGGUUAAACGAAAAGUCUCCAGUGAUGGACAGAAGGGGGUCAAAUUUGAUCACACCCUGGUGGAUGCAUUCCUUUAUGCUCUGGUUAAGGGAGGUUUCUUUGAUGCAGUGAUGCAAGUUGUGGAGAAAACUCAGGAGAUGAAGAUCUUUGUAGAUAAGUGGAGGUACAAGCAAGCAUUUAUGGAGACCCAUAAAAAGCUCAAAGUGGCAAAAUUGAGAAAGAGGAACUUUAGAAAAAUGGAAUCACUUGUUGCUUUCAAGAAUUGGGCUGGUCUAAAUGCAUGAACUUCAACAGUUCCCAGCAUCCAUGUUAUCCAUUCAAGCUUCUGCUGACAUCUCUGGCUGAUUAACAACCACCUUUAAUGGAAUUUUUAGGCAAAGGUACUUGAUAAUUGGCUCACUUUUUUUUAAAACUGGGCUCAUUUGGAUGCAUGUACAUCAAAAGUAGCUUUAUUUUCCAUUCGUUUGGGCUCACAAUCACAGUUUAAAUCAUGGUAAAUAGUGUGUGAGAAUCCAACGAGGAUGUCGAGAUAUAUGGUCUAUAAGAGCAUUCCCAAAAGUUGAGCUGGUUUGAAGCAGGAACUGCAGAAGCACCUGAUACUUGACGUUGUUGAGCAAGGCGUUUGCUGACAAUGCAGAGAAGUGUUUGCUUGGCAUUUUCAAAUGUAAAUGAACGAGAACUCAAGGAAAAUGAAAGACCUUAUUGCUUUUCUAAGUUCACCAAGGCUUCUGCUAGUGAUACAAAGCUCAGAGGCUGCCCCACCCACACUGGAGGGAAGUUUUGAAAUUGUAUCGGUUACUAGUGUUGAAUUUCAUAAUUUCAUAAUAAAUUCAAUAAUGUGGCUGAGGCAGUUUAACCAGGUUUUUUAUGUGGAUUAGAAUUUAAUAACUCUAUUUGGCAGAAUGUGUGGAAAUUUAUGUGUUAAUGGAGGGAAUCAGUUAAAGAGUAUACUCAAUAAUGGGGCUUCUCUCAAGCUGCUCAGCUUCACUGGGAAUGCAGGGCAACUCUAAUUUUUUUUUUUUUUUUGCCGAAAGCUGCAAUAGGAAAACUUGCUGUUUGAUAUUUUAUUUCUCCAAAUUGGAAUGUAGUCUGGAACUUUAAGUGAUUUUCCCCCACACCAGCAUAAAUUAAAACCCUUGUAUUGUGAUUGUAAGCAGUUGAAUGGGCAGUAUAGUUUUCAUUCUUGUUUUGAUUAUUGAACUGAGAUCAAUGAAGGGCUUAUUUAACCUGUAAUAGUUAAGUUGUAAGUUUACUAUGCAUCUGGAUGUGUUGGCACUUGAAUUGUUAAAAAGUAAGUGAUGUUCUUCUAUUCUUUGGGUGCUCCUAAAAGCAAACCCUUUCUCCAUUUCUAAAGCCCUUUUUCAGUUUUUGUGUGCAAGUGGGUUUAAAGACUAUCCACAAUCUGCGCGUAGACACCACUAGGUAGAAAGGUGUAAAUGUGAAUGUGUUUGUAUCACCCUCGAGCCCACCAUUUUUGGCCGAAUUUUAUCUUUAGUCCUUACUGUUGAUGUAAAUGCAUGUUGCUUUAUAGCUAGAAUCCAUAACAGAUGGGCACAUCUUUUUAGGAAGAAAAAAAGGAAAAAGGACAACGUUGAAAAUGAUCACCUCCACCGAAAAAGAACAGUCUUCCAGCCCCUCCCUUGUCUCUUCAAAAAUGUAACACACAAGUGUACCACUUCUUUUACUUUGCUUCAUAUUUCAUGUUUAUGAAGCUCCAAACUGUUACCAAAACCUUCACCAAUGUCACUCACCCCUACUGCAUGGCUCUUCAUCAACAUCCUGCUCUUGCUCCCCUUACUUCACACUGUCUUAGCCACAGCACACAACACCCCAAUAAAUGGUACAUGUGAUGACACAUGUGGCACCAUCCCCAUAAAGUACCCCUUCGGCACUGGAUUUGGAUGUGGCCAUCCUGUCUUUGCCAGAUACAUAAAAUGCAGUUCCGGGACACUCCAAUUCUCUACUGGCACCGGCAUUUACACUAUCUCCUCAAUCGACUACCCGAGCAACACCAUAGUUCUCACAGAUCCCCUCAUGUCAACCUGUUCUUCAAUGCAAAACUCAGGAAGCUUCAUCUUAGAUAGGACCAGCCCCUUCACUAUAACAUCUGAUGAUAUUUUCGUUCUGCUCGGAUGCUCAACAACGUCUCCUGUGUUUGAUGCUGAUGAAGAACUAUGUGAUACCGGAUCAGGCUCUCGCAUUUGUAGAGGGCUGUAUUCUUGCAAGGGAGUGACAGGCAUUGGUUUGCCACAAAAUGCACCUGUUUCUACAUGUUGUGUCUAUGACUCACCACUUGGCCUUGGCUCAGGUUAUGCAUUGGACCUUCCUAAGCUCCAAUGCUCAUCAUAUACAUCAAUCUACGGGUUUGGGGAUGAUGAGGGGGAUCCGAUGAAAUGGAAAUUCGGAAUCUCUUUGCAGUAUAAUGAUUCAUAUGACACCGAGACGUGCAAGGACUGUGAAGCAAGUGGUGGCUUGUGCGGUUUUGCUGGUUUGGACCAGUCAUUUGCUUGUGUUUGUAAGAAUGGGGCAAACAGCAGCAACAACUGCCUUGGACGAGGGUAUGCUUGGAGUGGGACAUGGGGACUAAAAAUUCAACUGAAGAUGAUUCUUGGAGGAAUCUGGCUCUCUUGGAUGUUGCUAUUUUUAUAGGAUGCCUCAAAACUCUGGGCGAUACAAACUACCAAUGAAGGGCUUAUUUGGAACACUUCUCUCACACUCUUGGUGAAAGUGGUGACAUUGUCAUUCCUAUAGGGUUCAUUUAUAAUUCUCAAAAGUUGUUCUCAAAGAUCUCAAUUUUGAGUCUAGGAGUUUUGCAGACUAAAUGGUUUUCUAAAUCAGAUUAGAGGAUUGAGACAGAUAAUAUGGUUUGGGUGGCUGCUGUAACUAUUUGAUGUCAACUUUAGAUGCAUUCUAUUUGUUUAUUCUAUA